AUGUUCUUUGUAAAAGCACCAUCAAAAGUGAUUGGAUCAUUUAAGUAAAAAGCAUAAAUCUGUUUCCAAGAAAUUUAAAAAGAAAUAGAAGUAAACUAAUAGACUUUAAUUAUAGGCAUCCUACGAUAGAAUAAAUGAUUCUAUUGAUAAAAAGUUUGCACCAUCUGAUUUAAGUGAAGCUUUAAUAUCAGCGUCACCCUUUAACAUACUAUUUAAAGAAAUACCUUUUAAUCUGAACGAUUUAAAGGAUGAAUUAAUUAAGGAAAUUAGACCAAAAAUUGAGGCUAUAGUCUCGAUAGAAGUUUAAAAGAAAUAAUAAUAGACGAAUGAUAUGCAUUUAAUAUAAAUUUAAUAAAUUGAAUAGAAAUUUAAUAAGCUAUAAGAUGAAAAGCAAAAAGAAUAUUAUUAAAUGAUAAAGAUGAAGGAAGAAGAAAUUGAACAAAUUUAAAUUAAUUAAUAAAAAUACUAGGUAACAACUUAAAGUCAAUUUAAAUUCUAACUUAUAGAGACUAAUUCUAUCAAAUAAAUUGAUUAUUGUUGUGCUGUAGCUAUUAAUAAGGAUAAUUCACUUGUUGUAGCAGGGUGUGAAAAAAAAAUUAAAGUAUAUGAACUUAAACAAGGGAAACUCCAUUAAAUAUAACUUUUAACUGAACAUUCAGGUAGAGUAUUUACAUUGAACUUCAUGAAAUAAUCAAAUCAUUUUGUAUCUGGUAGUGCCGAUGAUUAAAUUAUAAUAUGGUAGAUGAUAUAAAAUAAUUAGUGGACUUGUUAAUAGAAAUUGAAUGGACAUGCUAGUUUUAUUUGGUGUUUAUUACUGAAUAAUAAUGAAGAUCUUAUUAUUUCUGGUAGUAAUGAUAAAUCUAUUAAAUUCUGGGAUAAAUAAAAAGGAUGGUUAUGUUAAUAAACCAUAAGUGAUCAUACGAAUUCUGUUUUAUCAAUUAGCUUGAAUACAUAGUAAGAUAAAUUGAUUUCCUGUUCUUAUGAUUCAUAAAUAUUAAUAAUUGAAAAAUCAUAGAAGGAGAAAACGUGGAAAACGAUAUAAAGCAUAAAAGUAGAUAAAUGGGGAUCUAGAUUGUGUUUUACUGAUAACAAUUAAUUCACAUUCUAACCUAAUUCUAAUGAAUAAAUGUAUGUAUAUGAGAUAAAUGGUGGUGAUAAAUAAUUUGUUAAGACCAAAGAAAUUAAAGUAUAUUCUGGAUCAAAUGGCUGUGAUUUGUUCUUUGUAUAAUAAUUCAUAAAAUAGAAAUGUCUAUUAGUGAAUAAGAAUGGUUUUUAUAUUAAUUUAAUAAGAAAGAAACAAAAUGGAGAGUUUAUAACUGAACAAAAAAUUUAAUUUAAUGAUAAUAGUAUUUUUGGAUCAAUCAGUGAGGAUGGAUAGUAUUUGAUAACAUGGGAUAGGAAUUAAAAGGAGAUUUAAAUAAGAAAAUUUCAUGAAGGAUGA